CGCUGGUGCCCCCGCUGCCGCGCUCCUCCACUUGGGAUGCGGGGGUCCCCGGCGGCGCCGGGGCUGGGGGGCUGGUGGUGCCCGCAGGAGGUUGCUUGGAGGAGGACAGCGUUCAGCUGGAGAGCAGGAGCCAUUACACACGCUUCUGCUCUCCUUUGAGAGAAAGAGAGCGUGAAGGGAAGAAAGGAAAGGGAAGGAGCCCACUUCUUCUCGCUCACUUCUCCGACGUCCCUACCUUUAAACCAGGCAAGGGAGAAGGAGCUUUCUCCCCUGCCCCUUUCUCCACCACCCGGAGCAGCUUUCUCCCUAUCUUUCCUUCUCUUUCCCUUUCUUUAUCUCCCUGUCCUCCAUUUGCAAGCUGUCUGCUUUGGUUCCAGUCCAGGCUCCACAACACAAAGCUUCUCCUCGCUCUCGCACACAUGCACACACACAGUCUACAGGCUCUUUAUGUCUUCUGGAGUAACCUUCUUCUACCCCCCCGCGUCCUCUUAGCAUUGUGGUUUCUAUUCUCCACACAGAGAUCCUCCUGGAGCUUCAUGUAGUUGUGAUCUGAUAGGAUUUCUCCCCGCCUCACAUCCCUCUUUUGGGGGAGAAAAGGGAAAAGUUUCAUUCGUUUUUCUGGUGUUUGGAAGGAGAAAGACCUUCAAGUUUGAGUGCUUUCUGCUGCUGCUUUUGUGUGUGUGUCCGUGGGGGUCUGUUUGUCUCAUGAAGCUGCUUGCAUGUCUAAGAGGAAGUGACUAGUUUGGCAGAGAGCUGUGAUCUGAGUCAGAAUUUUCUCAUGUGAAAGAUCGUUUUUGAACCAUGGAGGUGCUGCAGUGUGAUGGCUGCGAUUUUCGAGCUCCAUCGUAUGAAGACCUUAAAGCUCAUAUUCAGGAUGUUCACACUGCUUUCCUGCAGCCAACCGAUGUCUCAGAGGAAAGCCCUAGCCAGCCAAGGUCUGGUUCCAUGAAUGCUAGCAACCAGACUGAGGUUGAGUUUUCUUCCGUAAAGGAUGAAUUUACGAUUGCAGAUGAAAUAGCAGGGCAAAAUGCAACAAGUCAGAUGGGGACUGGAAGUUACUAUAACCAGAGCCAGACUUUCUAUGGUCAGCAUAUGGCUCCAAAUCCUAAACCAACCAACAAAUUUUUCCAGUGCAAGUUCUGUGUGCGCUACUUCCGUUCCAAAAACCUCCUCAUAGAGCACACACGCAAGGUUCAUGGAACGCAGGCUGGGGGGAGCUCAGUGGGGCCACCAACCACUAGUUCCUUAAAUUACAACAUCAUGAUGCAUGAAGGGUUUGGCAAAGUUUUCAGUUGUCAGUUCUGCACCUACAAGUCACCCAGGCGUGCAAGGAUUAUUAAGCACCAGAAAAUGUAUCACAAAAACAACCUGAAAGAGAGUUCAACUCCCCCUACAGCUGCCACUGCUAUAUCUGAAUCAACAUCUGCUUCUGUGCCAGUGCAGGAACCCUGCAAGGAGCUGCCUGCAGAGGUGGUGGAGCGGAGCAUUUUGGAGUCCAUGGUCAAGCCCCUGACAAAGUCAAGGGGCAACUUUUGCUGUGAAUGGUGCAGCUACCAGACACCUCGAAGGGAGCGCUGGUGUGACCACAUGAUGAAGAAGCACCGCAGUAUGGUAAAAAUACUGUCAAGCCUGAGGCAGCAACAAGAAGGAACCAGUGCACCUGAUGUACAGAACAAGAGUGCCCAGAAUGCCUCCCCAAACUCUAACUAUAUGUCCAUGAAUACGACAGGACGUGAGAUGUCAAACGCUAAUGUCUCAAACUUCAGAAGCUCUAUGGGCAAUUCCCUUAUCAGGCCCAACUCUUCUACAUCUUCCAAGUUUUCUUCCGUGUCUUAUCCUCAAAUGAAGCCUAAGUCACCUCACAACUCAGGCAUGGUUAAUUUGUCUGACAGAUCCCGCUAUGGAAUUGCUGAUGUGACAAAUUCUUCUGCUGACCUGGAAACAAACAGUAUGCUAAAUGACUCCAGCUCAGAUGAAGAGCUAAAUGAAAUGGACAGCGAGAAUGGCUUGAACUCCAUGGAUCACCAGACCACAGGAAUGUCCGCAGAGCAGCUGAUGGGAUCUGAUGGCAACAAACUCCUGGAAACAAAGGGGAUCCCCUUUAGAAGGUAUAUGAACAGGUUCCAGUGUCCUUUUUGUCCUUUCCUGACUAUGCACCGCCGAAGCAUUUCCCGUCACAUUGAGAACAUCCACCUGUCUGGAAAGACAGCCGUGUACAAGUGUGACGAAUGCCCUUUCACUUGCAAGAGUUCAUUAAAGCUUGGCGCCCACAAGCAAUGUCAUACAGGUACAACAUCAGACUGGGACACUGUGAACUCUCAGACCGAAAGCAUCGCCUCUUCUUUGAAUGACAGUGCUGUGUCUUAUGAGAGUGGAAAUAUAAAUGGCAGGAAGUCAGCUGGGAUGAUGGAGCCAGUGCAGCAGCAGCAGCAGCAGCAGCAACAACAACAACAACAGCAAUCACCCCAGCCCCAUUCACAGCAUCCAUACAAGUGCACAAUGUGCAACUAUUCCACCACAACUUUGAAAGGCCUCAGAGUUCAUCAGCAGCACAAGCACUCAUUCUGUGACAACUUGCCGAAAUAUGAUGGACCACCAUCCAACACACCACAAGAGAGUGAGGCAGAUGCUCACACCUCUGCCAGCACAGUGAAGAAGAGCCAGACCUCGAUCCUUGGGCUGUCAUCUAAAAAUAACUUUGUUGCAAAGGCACCUCGGAAGGUGUCAAAUGAUUUCCCUUUAGAUCUCUCACCAGUGAAAAAAAGAACUAGGAUUGACGAAAUAGCAAGCAAUCUGCAGAGCAAAAUCAACCAGAACAAACAGCAAGAAGAUGCUGUGAUUAAUGUAGAGGAUGAUGAGGAAGAGGAGGAAGACAAUGAGGUGGAGAUAGAAGUUGAGUUAGACAGAGAAGAAGAGCAAACAGAACCAAUGAUAGAAGUUUCCAGUUCUUACGCACCACAGCAAAUGUGGGGAAGAGAGGCUAAUGAUUCCCAGAAGGAGGCAAACUUCAGAAGCUUGCAGCAUGAUUACAAUUCUGCCAAUGGAGCAGAGAUUGAGCUCACUUUAUCAGAAGAUGAGGAAGAUUAUUAUUCUUCUGUCAGCAUGAAAGAACAUCAGAGCCCUAAUGCCUCUGUUCUGGGGGGCCAGUCAAACAUGUAUGGUACUGAUCAGAACAAUGAGAAUGCAGAGUUUAAUGACUCUGGCAGGCUUUACUAUUGUAAACACUGUGAUUUCAGCAACAAAUCUGCCCGGAGUGUUAGCACCCACUACCAGCGAAUGCACCCCUAUAUUAAAUUCAGCUUUAGGUAUAUCCUGGAUCCCAAUGAUCACAGUGCAGUAUACCGGUGUCUUGAGUGCUAUAUUGACUAUACAAACUUUGAAGACCUGCAGCAGCAUUAUGGAGAACAUCACCCUGAAGCUAUGAAUGUACUGAACUUUGAUCAUUCUGAUCUGAUCUACCGCUGUCGCUUCUGCUCUUACACAAGCCCGAAUGUUAGAAGUCUGAUGCCACAUUACCAAAGAAUGCAUCCCACAGUGAAAAUUAACAAUGCAAUGAUAUUUUCAAGCUAUGUUGUUGAGCAGCAAGAAGGGCUGAACACAGAGUCUCAGACACUGAGAGAGAUCUUGAAUUCUGCUCCAAAAACUAUGGCAACCUCCACCCCCGUGGCUCGCGGGGCUGGUGUGCCAGCUGGCUUUAACAAAAAUGCCGCCAAGAGUUUUAGUCCUGAAUGUGAAAAUCAGAAGGAACCUUCCGUCAAUACUGUGGUUGUUUAUGACUGUGACGUGUGUUCAUUUGCAAGCCCUAACAUGCAUUCGGUUUUGGUUCAUUACCAGAAAAAGCACCCCGAAGAAAAAGCAUCAUAUUUCAGAAUCCAGAAGACCAUGCGUGUCGUCUCUGUUGAUAGAGGCUCUGCCCUGGCUCAGAUGUCUUUUGAGAUGGGGACACCUGUCUCCCCAAAACUGUCCAACUUGGCUUCUCAGCCUCCACCUCCCCCACCACCACCCCCAGACCUUGCUACUGAACUCUACUACUGCAAACACUGUUCAUACAGCAACCGCUCAGUUGUUGGAGUGCUUGUCCACUACCAGAAGAGGCACCCAGAGAUAAAGGUCACUGCCAAAUAUAUCAGGCAGGCACCUCCCACUGCAGCAAUGAUGAGGGCUGGUGAGCUGCCACCUGGUAUUCAGAGGCCACCAGUGUCAAUGCAGCAGUUGAGCCGAGGUGGUUCGGAGACCUCUGUGAAUCCUCCCGAGAAUGAAAUGUUUUUCUGCCAGCACUGUGAUUAUGGAAACAGGACCGUGAAAGGUGUGCUCAUUCAUUAUCAAAAGAAGCAUCGUGACUUCAAAGCUAAUGCAGAUGUGAUUAGACAGCAUACAGCCACCAUUAGAAGCCUUUGUGAUCGCAGCCAGAAGAAAUCAACUGGCAAUGUGCCUGCUCACACCUCUAGCACUGAACGGGACAAGUCAAAGCUGAGAGCCCUCAAGUGCAGGCAGUGUAGCUAUACUUCACCUUACUUCUAUGCAUUGAGGAAGCAUAUUAAGAAAGAUCACCCAACGCUGAAAGCUACAGUCACAUCCAUUCUCAGAUGGGCAUUUUUGGAUGGCUUGAUAGAGGCAGGUUAUCACUGUGAAUGGUGCAUUUAUUCACACACAGAGCCAAGUGGUUUGCUUGUGCAUUACCAAAGGAGACAUCCUGAGCAUUAUGUUGAUUAUACUUACAUGGCAACUAAACUCUGGGCAGGUCCCGAUCCUUCCCCUCCUGCCCUAGUGAUGCCAACAGAGGCAAAGUCCUACAAAUGCAGAGAUUGCAUUUUUGAAGCAUCUUCCAUUUGGGAUAUUACUAAUCACUACCAAGCUUUUCACCCUUGGGCCAUGAAUGGGGAUGAAUCUGUGCUGUUAGAUAUCAUUAAGGAAAAAGAUGCUGCUGAGAAGUCUGGCACACAGCCUGAUGAAACUGGGAUCAGGAUGGAUUCUGAGGACCAGAUAACAACGUCACAGAUGGACCAGGAUGCAGAGUGUGCAGAUGAUCCCAGCCUUUCCCAAGAGAAAACGGUGCAGCUGGCUUCUGCAAACCCUGCCAUCUCCUCUACUCCAUAUCAGUGUACAGUAUGCCAGUCUGAAUACAACAACUUGCAUGGCCUUCUGACACAUUAUGGCAAAAAACAUCCUGGCAUGAAAGUGAAAGCUGCAGAUUUUGCUCAGGAUAUAGACAUUAACCCAGGGGCUGUAUAUAAGUGUAGACAUUGCCCAUACAUUAACACACGUAUUCAUGGUGUUCUCACACACUACCAGAAACGGCACCCAUCAAUAAAGGUCACUGCUGAAGACUUUGUGCAUGAUGUGGAGCAGUCAAAUGAUAUUGCUCAGAAUGAUGUGGAAGAGACGAGCAGGAUUUUCAAGCAAGGCUAUGGUGCUUACAGGUGCAAGCUGUGCCCUUAUACCCAUGGUACACUGGAGAAGCUCAAAAUUCACUAUGAGAAAUACCACAAUCAACCUGAAUUUGAUGUUUUUGCUCAAUCACCACCAAAGGUGUCUGCUUCACUGGAGCCAGACAUGGUGACUGAAAUCAAGGCCUCCCCAGAAAUUGCUGCUGAGGAUGUUGGAGAAAUCUCUGUUGCAGCACCUCAUUUCUCCAGUUCUCAUUUAGUGUCACACACAGUUUUCCGGUGUCAGCUCUGCAAAUAUUUCUGCUCUACCCGGAAGGGGAUAGCCAGGCACUACCGCAUCAAACAUAACAAUGUACGGGCACAGCCAGAAGGCAAGAACAACCUCUUCAAAUGUGCUUUGUGUUCCUACACCAACCCUAUCCGCAAAGGGCUUGCAGCACACUACCAGAAAAGACAUGACAUUGAUGCUUACUACACUCACUGCUUAGCAGCCUCCAGGACAGUAAGCGACAAACCCAAUAAAGUGAUCAUUCCAUCUCCUCCCAAAGAUGACACUCCUCAGUUAAGUGAGGAGCUGAGGAGGGCUGUAGAGAAGAAGAAAUGCUCGCUUUGUUCCUUCCAGUCCUUCAGCAAAAAGGGUAUUGUGUCCCACUACAUGAAGCGUCACCCUGGUGUUUUCCCGAAGAAGCAGCAUGCAAGCAAGCUGGGGGGUUACUUCACUGCUGUAUAUGCCGAUGAGCAUGAAAAGCCAACUCCAACUGAGGAGAGGAAUGACUUUGAGAAGCCUGAGGUGGAAAGUGAGGCUCAGGAAAUUGAGUGGCUUCCCUUCAGGUGCAUAAAAUGUUUCAAGCUGUCCUUCAGCACAGCGGAGCUGCUGUGCAUGCAUUACACUGACCACCACAGCAAGGAUUUGAAGAGAGACUUUACCAUACUGGGAAGUGGCACCCGCUCUCAGAAUGCUGUCUACCAGUGCAAGCACUGUGAUAUGAAAUUGCAUAGCACGGCAGAGCUGACUGCACACUUGAAUGGUCACAAUGAGGAAUUCCAGAAGCGUGCCAAACGUCAGGAGAGGAGGAAGCAGCUUCUGAGCAAGCAGAAAUAUGCAGAUGGUGCUUUUGCAGAUUUCAAACAAGAGAGGGCUUUUGGGCACCUGGAAGAUGUUUCAAAACUUAAAGAGCGGAAAGUGGUUGGUUACAAAUGUAAAUUUUGUGUGGAAGUCCAUCCAACGCUUCGAGCCAUCUGUAAUCACCUCCGCAAGCAUGUCCAGUAUGGAAAUGUCUCUUCUGUGUCAGCUACAGUAAAGGGUCUGCGAUCUCACGAGAGGAGUCACUUGGCUCUGGCCAUGUUUACCCGGGAAGACAAGUACAGCUGCCAGUAUUGCUCCUUUGUCUCUGCAUUCAGGCACAAUCUGGAUCGUCACAUGCAGACCCAUCAUGGACAUCAUAAACCGUUCCGUUGCAAGUUGUGCCCAUUCAAGUCCUCUUAUAAUAGCCGCCUGAAAACCCAUAUACUGAAGGCUCAUGCUGGUGAACAUGCCUACAAAUGUUCCUCCUGCUCAUUUUCCACCAUGACAAUCAGCCAGCUGAAAGAGCACUCCUUGAAAGUGCAUGGGAAAGCAUUGACACUACCAAGACCCCGCAUGGUCAACCUUGCAGCCUCACACGCCCACCACACCUCCAAGAACCACACUCCUGCUGAAGAAGUGGAGGACUCUAAUGACUCCUCAUACUCAGAGCCUCCUGAUGUUCAACAGCAGUUGAACCACUAUCAGUCUGCAGCUUUAGCCAGGAACAACAACAACGUCAGCCCAAUCCCACUUUCAGGGAGUGCUGCAGGAAUGGAAAAAACGGAAGCCAUCCUUAACUGUGAAUUUUGUGAAUUCUCCUCGGGUUACAUACAGAGCAUUCGGCGUCAUUACCGUGACAAGCAUGGAGGGAAAAAACUCUUCAAGUGCAAAGAUUGUUCCUUUUAUACAGGCUUUAAAUCUGCUUUUACUAUGCACGUGGAAGCUGGGCAUUCGGCAGUUCCUGAGGAAGGACCCAAAGACCUUCGCUGUCCUCUUUGCCUAUAUCACACCAAAUACAAACGCAACAUGAUUGACCACAUAGUUCUGCACAGAGAAGAGCGGGUCGUUCCCAUUGAAGUCUGUCGUUCCAAACUGUCAAAGUACUUGCAGGGAGUUGUUUUCCGCUGUGAUAAGUGUACCUUUACCUGCUCCAGUGAUGAGAGCUUGCAGCAGCACAUAGAGAAGCACAAUGAACUGAAACCUUACAAAUGCCAACUCUGCUACUAUGAGACCAAACACACAGAAGAGCUGGACGCUCACCUUCGAGAUGAGCACAAGGUGAGUCGUAAUUUUGAGCUGGUUGGACGGGUUAACUUGGACCAGUUGGAACAAAUGAAGGGAAAAACAGAGAGCUCCAGCAGUGAUGAGGAAGAAAAAGAAGACGAGUUAAGCCCCAAAACUGAAGAGAGAGAUCCCAUGAUGUUUUCUGACACUGGUCCUCCAGAGAAACGCUUCCCGUGCGAAUUCUGUGGCCGAUCAUUUACAGAAGGCUCUGAGUGGGAGCGACAUGUGCUGAGACAUGGCAUGGCACUGAAUGAAAGUAAGCAUGGGACCAGCGAGGACAGCCAGCCGAAGGAGGAUGUGGAGGAGACUGUUAGCACACUGCCAGAAGAAAAAGAAAGCAUUGAGAAAAUGGUGCUGGACUAUUCCCACAGCAGUGAAACAGUAGUCAGUGUGGUAGCUGCUGACAAACCUCUCCAAGAAAACCCGGAGGCCAAAAACGAAUAA